CUUUAAUUUAGUGACCACUUGGACAAAAAUCUAUUAUUAAUCUUAACUUUACGACAUGAUUUGCGCAGUUAUUAUUAUAUUAGACCGGCGUCGUUUAAGUCGACUAACGUGUGUUCCAAUAAUCGUCGUUGCAAGCGUCAAGUUUAACGGCAGCUCACGACGGUGAUCGUGUCGUCGUGACUCAGGGCGUCUUCCUCGCUCCAACUUGUUUGAUUUUUAAAUUCUCUCUGUCCCUGAAAUACCAAAUUGACCAAUACAGAAAACAAAGCACGAAGAUCGAUUAAGCAUCUACUUCAUCAUUCUGAAUCCUAUUAAAGGAAUGAUAGUCUAUUAUAGGGUUGCAUUGAAUCUGGAUUGACCCAAAAAGAGAAAGAAGCGUGGAUGAUUUGUUGUGGAUUUAUGUGGAAAUCCGGAGGAGAAGACUUGCAAGGUUUCUAUCCGGUUAGAUCAGAAUGUCAAGCAGAUGUUCCAAGAACACGAUUUAAAUCAAGGGCUGGCAAAACUCUAAGUGCUAGGAGAUGGCACGCUGCGUUUACAGAAGAUGGACAUUUGGAUAUGGAAAGAGUUCUUCGUCGUAUACAGCGAGGGGGAAUCCAUCCCUCAAUCAAAGGAGAGGUUUGGGAGUUUUUGUUAGGAGGUUAUGAUCCGGACAGCACCUUUGAAGAAAGAAACAAGCUGAGGAAUCACAGAAGGGAGCAGUACUAUGCUUGGAAAGAAGAAUGUCGGAAAAUGGUUCCUCUCGUUGGUAGCGGAAAGUUUGUCACAAUGGCAGUUGUUGCGGAAGAUGGGCAGCCAUUAGAUGAAUCCUCAGUAGAAAACCAAGGAUGGAUCGUGAAAACCGCUGUUACAGAUAAGCGUGUGCUCCAGUGGCUGCUCGUGUUGAGUCAAAUCGGACUUGAUGUUGUUAGAACGGAUCGGUAUCUCUGCUUUUAUGAGAGUGAGAGUAAUCAAGCAAGACUAUGGGAUAUCCUUGCCAUAUACACAUGGCUAAAUCCUGAUAUUGGUUAUGUUCAAGGAAUGAACGAUAUAUGUUCCCCGAUGAUAAUCCUACUCGAAGAUGAAGCAGACGCUUUCUGGUGCUUUGAGCGUGCUAUGAAAAGACUAAGAGAAAAUUUCAGGACAACGGCGACAUCAAUGGGUGUGCAGACUCAGCUUGGUAUGCUCUCACAGGUCAUUAAAACCGUUGAUCCUCGGCUCCACCAACAUCUAGAGGAUCUCGACGGUGGAGAGUAUCUGUUUGCUAUACGGAUGUUGAUGGUUUUGUUCAGGAGAGAGUUCUCCUUCCUUGAUGCCUUGUAUCUUUGGGAGCUGAUGUGGGCUAUGGAGUACAAUCCAAACAAGUUUGCAUCGUAUGAGAAACCAGAGAACAGACACAACUUGUCGGAACAGGAUCCGAGGUUAUUGAAGCAGUAUGGGAAGUUUGAGAGAAAAUACAUAAAGAGUGGUCAGAACGAGCAACACAACACGCUUGCUGUUUUCGUUGUGGCAAGUGUUCUUGAAACAAAGAACAAACGUCUCUUGAAGGAAGCUAAAGGCCUAGACGACGUUGUUCAGAUAUUGGGUGAUAUCGCGGGUAAUUUGGACGCGAGAAAAGCGUGUAAAGAAGCGUUGAAGAUUCAUGAAAAGUUCCUGAGAAAGGCUAAUAGGCAGUAGACAUUGCUUAACCUUUUAACCAUCCAUUUUCCGGUUUUGUUAGACCGAUUUCGACAUCGAUCUUGGCUGCUAAAUCUAGUAAAGAUCGUGGGAGGGAUCCAUGAGAAUUCUCUGAUUCUUUUGUUCUUUCGUUGCUGUAAUCUUUUUGUUCUUAUGCAUUUGAGUUUCCCCCCGUUUGUAGUGUGCUAAAGAAAUUAAACUUGCGUGUGCCGUUUCUUGUAUACAAUAAGGAACUUCGUGAUGUUAUCUUUUAUCAUAUUUGUUUCGUUUCUUGGUACAUAAA